ACUGUCAUCAUGUGAUUCCGCAUAAUUUUAUGGUAACAAAUAAUUUCUACAUUUGCUACCUUUGUGUGUGUUUGCAUGUAAAGUGAAACAACUCUUCUAUAUAAAUAGAGGAAGCACAUGCACCACCAUAUAUAUCUACCUUUCUCAUUAAUUUACUGCUUCAAGUGGACUAGCAGUGUAGUAGUGACAAAACUAUAGUAGCAGAAUAGGCUGCAGGCGAGAGACCUUUAUCCAUCCUCAUGGCAAUGAAGGAAAGUGAUAGUACUACCACUACUGCUACAACCACUGCAAGUUUCAAUAAUAGCACUGGGAAUCUGGACAACAAUGGCGGGUGCGAGCCCUGCAGAUCUUUUGGUCAAAAGUGCACUCAUCUUAUGAAGAAGCAGAGGACCAAAUUCUACAUCCUCCGACGUUGCAUAGCAAUGCUUCUCUGCUGGCACGAACGUAACGAUCCCUGAGGAUCCACGAGCUAGCCCACCCUCCUUUAUAUACAGCUGCAGCUGCAGAUUGUUAGUUCUGCUGCUUAAUCUAUUUUCUGUGUUAAUUACUAGUAUUGUUAAUCUACUUAUAUCUUAUCUAGGGACUGUAAUUAAACUGUUCGUCAUGGAAUUAUAAUUAGCC